AUGUCCCUGAAUUCAGAAAUAUCAGCUUCUAGCACCUCCGGUAGAGAUUGGUUCUUCCCCUCGCCGUCUUUCUCAUCGUCACAACACGCCCGCCGAUUAUACUCUAACUCAAACCCCACGUCCACUUGUCCCCCGGGAAUACGUCGUCGCCGCAUUAAGUUCCCUCGGACUCCUACUUCCACUAACGAUAAACCUCAGAUUGUCGAUGCAAAACAGGUUUCUGUGAAGGAUAAUCUUAUCUGCCUCCCGCGCUUUCGUUUCCAGUUUGCCCUACUGACUUUGACUAUUGCGCUUUUCUUGCUUCUGCUACUUGUCCGACUAAAUAACUUGCAGGCUGAAAUUCUCCAACUCAAUCUCAGAUUACACACCUGCCAUAACUUGGACACCUUCAACGUUACUAGCUUCACUACCCAACCUCCUUCGCCUGAAUACUUCACCAGAAACCUUUCUCUCACUUUCUCCUUCACACUUUUACUUGUCCCUCUUUUCAUUUUUAAGUACGUUGACUAUGUGUCCAAAUCAAGAUGUGCCGACAACAUAUCAGAACAAGUUUCUCUCAACAAGCAAAUUGCCUACCGGGUUGAUGUCUUUUUAUCAGUUUACCCAUAUGCUAAACCCCUUGUCUUGUUAUUUGCAACACUUCUACUAAUCUUUAUUGGAGGGUUGGCCCUUUUUGGUGUAACUUCUGAUGAUUUAGUGCAUUGCCUCUGGUUGUCUUGGACUUAUGUUGCUGACUCUGGCAAUCACGCCAACUCCCAAGGAAUUGGUCCAAGGUUAGUUGCUGUUUCUAUUAGCUUUGGAGGGAUGCUUAUAUUUGCAAUGAUGCUUGGCCUUGUGUCGGAUGGAAUUUCUGAGAAGUUUGAUUCACUGAGGAAAGGAAAAAGUGAAGUGGUUGAGCAAAAUCAUACUUUGAUUCUUGGUUGGAGUGAUAAAUUGGGUUCAUUGCUAAAUCAACUUUCCAUAGCCAAUGAGAGUCUGGGUGGAGGAACCGUUGCAGUGAUGGCUGAGCGAGACAAGGAAGAAAUGGAGCUUGACAUUGCAAAAAUGGAGUUUGACUUCAAAGGAACAUCUGUCAUAUGCAGAAGUGGCAGCCCCUUGAUUUUGGCUGACCUGAGAAAGGUUUCUGUGUCAAAGGCACGCUCAAUAAUUGUCCUUGCUGAAGAUGGGAAUGCUGAUCAGAGUGAUGCCCGAGCUCUGAGAACAGUCUUAAGUCUGACUGGAGUCAAAGAAGGAUUACGAGGGCACAUAGUGGUUGAACUUAGUGAUCUGGACAAUGAGGUCCUUGUUAAACUUGUGGGCGGUGAUCUUGUUGAAACUGUUGUAGCUCAUGAUGUCAUUGGUCGCUUGAUGAUUCAAUGUGCUCGGCAGCCUGGACUUGCACAGAUUUGGGAAGAUAUACUUGGUUUUGAAAAUUGUGAAUUCUACAUCAAAAGAUGGUCGCAGUUGGAUGGCAUGCAGUUUGAAGAUGUAUUAAUCAGCUUUCCUGCUGCAAUUCCAUGUGGAAUCAAAGUUGCAUCAUAUGGUGGUAAAAUCAUUUUGAACCCAGAUGACACCUAUGUUAUGCAAGAAGGAGAUGAAGUUCUGGUGAUUGCAGAAGACGAUGAUACCUAUGCCCCGACAUCCUUUCCUACGGUAUGGAGGGGAAGCUUACCCAAGGAUUUUGUUUAUCCAAAGUCUCCAGAGAGAAUACUUCUUUGCGGUUGGAGGCGUGAUAUGGAGGACAUGAUCAUGGUUUUGGACGCAUCUCUAGCGCAUGGGUCAGAGCUCUGGAUGUUCAAUGAUGUUCUAGAAAAGGAGAGGGAAAAGAAGUUAACUGAUGGUGGCCUUGAUAUAAAUCGGUUGGAAAACAUUACACUAGUUAAUCGUGAGGGGAAUGCCGUUAUACGUCGUCACUUGGAAAGCCUUCCGUUGGAAUCAUUUGAUUCAAUAUUGAUUUUGGCAGAUGAAUCAGUCGAGGAUUCAGCCAUUCAAGCUGACUCUAGAUCUCUUGCCACUCUACUUUUAAUUCGUGACAUACAAGCUAGGCGUCUUCCUUAUGUAGCAAUGGUCAGUCAAGCUCAUGGAGGAAGCUUUUCAAAAGGCUCAUGGAUUGGUGAAAUGAAGCAGGCUUCCGAUAAAACAGUUAUAAUUAGUGAAAUUUUGGAUCCUAGGACAAAAAACCUUUUGUCUAUGUCAAAAAUUAGUGAUUAUGUUUUAUCAAAUGAACUUGUCAGCAUGGCUUUGGCGAUGGUUUCAGAAGAUCGGCAGAUAAAUGACGUAUUGGAGGAGCUCUUUGCGGAGCAGGGAAAUGAAAUGCAUAUACGACAAGCAGAUCUUUACCUGCGCGAAAGUGAGAAAUUGAGUUUCUAUGAAAUAAUGUUACGAGCUCGGCAAAGGAGAGAGAUUGUGAUUGGAUACCGUUUAGCAAACGCAGAAAGGGCUGUUAUUAACCCCGCGGCAAAGAGUGAGAGACGGAAGUGGUCGCUGAAAGAUGUUUUUGUGGUGAUUACUGAAAAGGAAUGA